AUGGUGGGCAGGCUUUGUAAGGCUGUUCCCCUGGAUCUGGCCUUACUCCCUCCCAACCCCUCUGUUGCCCGACCAGAGCAUCGAGCGCGGCAAAAAGGUGCAAGCUGCGAAGAUAUGAGCAGCUUGUUACUCAUAUACGAUUGUCGACGCCUUUUACGGCGUCUUCAACUCAAUGGGGCUCACUCUCGUUCGACGCGACCUCAAUUUUUUCCCUCCUUGAACUUUGCUGUUCAUCCUCGGUGGCGCUGCUUGAAUUCUAGGACACAACUAUAG